AGUUUCUUCUACCUUUACUACCGUUAUUUUUUUUAUUCUUAAAAAUGUUGGAAUCAGGAGACUUCGCGGCUGGUUAUUACCAAGCUUUGACUUAUUUAGGUGUAGUAAUCUUACUCUCAGCACUAUAUCAAUAUAAUCAAAUAUCUAAGUAUAUAUUUCGUACAAAAUGGCCAACUGUUCCUGAUUUACCGAAUCGAAGAGAAAAAGAUGAUACAAAUCAAACACCUUCCACUAUCGCACCUGAUAUUCAUUCUGCUCCAACUGUAAUGUUCCAUAAGCUUAUAAAUUAUUCUCUUCAUAUAUUUUCUGUUGGUGAUAUGACAGUUGGUGAAAUCUUGUUGUUUGUGCUCUUUAUUGUGAUCAAUCUUAUUUUCCUUUUAUCACAAUUCCCGGCUGAUGCCACGGGUGCUGAAACUUUUAGCAAAAGAUGCGCAUACCUUGCUUUAGCAAAUGCGGCUUUUGUAUACCCUUUGGCUACUAGGAAUUCAGUUUUCCUUAAAUUAAUUGGUAUUCCUUUUGAACGAUUGAUUAGAUUCCAUCGUUGGGUUGGUCGUACAAUUUACUUUUUAAUCACUUUUCAUGGAUCUUUUCAAAUUCAGCAAUCCUACGGAAUUAGUAAUUCAGUUUCUCAAGCUCUCUUUGGAACUACAACUAAUCAAUGGGGAUUUUUAGCUUACAUCUCUCUAUUAAUUAUUAUGUUCACUUCUCAUUCCGUAAUUCGUAGAUACUUUUUUGAAGUGUUUUACUGGUCUCAUUUCAGUUUCAUCUUUUUCCUUAUAUUCGGUAAUUUGCAUCAACCAGAAUUUCUUUUGUUUACAGUAAUUGGAAUGAGUCUUUAUCUUGUCGAUCGCCUUACUCGUUUUAUAUUUGGAUUUGGAACUAUUAAUGUGAUUGGAAUGGAAGCUAUUCAAGCUGGAGUUACUAAAGUUAUUUUUGAAUUCAAAGAUUAUUACGAGGCCGGACAAUAUAUGUUUAUUAACUUAUCUAAUUUGAAUCCACCGGUUUCAUUGAUAGCAUGGCAUCCUAUAUCAUUUUCUUCUUCACCUAGUGUUAUGGAUGAUGGUGUUCAUUAUGGCAGUAUUCACAUGAAGGUUCAGGGGGGUUUUUCAAGACAACUUUACGCUAGAGCACAAGAUGGUGCACAAUAUAGUCAAGCUCCGUUAAAAAUGAGAAUAGAUGGGCCUUAUGGAAAAACAAGCCUCGAUUUUAUGCAACAUAGAACUGUAGUAUUAGUAAGUGGUGGUAUUGGUGUUACUCCAAUGAUGAGUAUAUUACGUGACUUAGUUGAUCGACAAGUUGCCAAUAUGCCAGUAGUCACUCAAGCCAUAUAUUUCUUAUGGGUUAUACCUGAUAUAGAUGCGUAUCAAUGGUUUGGAUCUGAAUUACGUGAAUUAAUAUCACGAGCUGGAGCUUUACCGCAAAAUAAGCAUAUUCUCGACGUUAAGGUGUUCUUAACUCGUUCAACAACCACUCCAUCAUCAAUUUUUUUCCAAGGUCGACCUGACUUUUCGAUUUUUAUGCAAGAUAUAAAACGAUAUCAUGGCUCAGGUGAUGUUGCGGUUGGUGUAUGUGGACCUGCUGUUAUGUUGAAACAAGUCCGAAAUGCGGCUGUUCAUUCAAGUGAUAAAACUUGUUUGUUUAAAGUUCAUUGUGAAACAUUCGAAUUAUAACUUAAUUAAUAUUCAUAUUAGUCAUACAUGUAUAUUAAAUAAAAGAUAAAAUGUUACGUUAACUAGAUCGGUUAAAUUUUUUUUUUUUUAAAA